AUGAAUUGCCUUGCAGGAGGGACUGAAAAUACAGCUUCUUCCUGAAUCCACUGGCAGAGUUACUAAAGACAGCUCAAGACACAACACUGCAGAGUAACGCCUUGGAAUGUCCUCGCACUUUAUAAACAAUUGUCCUAGGGAGGGAAUAUUUUUACAUGACAUUUGCACAGCUUGACAAAUGGCUAGCUGAGGCUGUGUGCUGCUCUGAUGGACGCUGAAUUUCCCACAGAGUUACCCCACAAACUGACCAAAGAGACAGAGAUAUAACUGCACUGGCAAAGUAGAAGUGGAAGUUGGAGUCUUAAAAACACCCCACCAAAACAACAAACAAACAGCAGCACUUCAGUGAAGAGAGCAAGAAAAUUCUCUUGGGCAGGAUGGCAUCUGCCCAGGACCUUCUAAUCCUGGCACUCUAUGGCUUGUUACUAGAGUUACCGGCUGGAUGUCACACAGCAGAUACGAGGCAACCAAGGUUACGUCUGUCACAUAAAGAGCUCUGGGAUUUAAACAGGACGUCAGUCUUUCGUAGCCCGUUUGGAUAUCUUGGACUUCAUGUAAUGCUGCUGGAUGAGUAUCAAGAGCGACUGUUCGUGGGAGGAAGAGACCUCCUGUAUUCCCUCAGUUUGGAUCGAAUCAGUGACAACUACCGAGAGAUCCAUUGGCCUAGUACACCRCUGCAGUCAGAAGAAUGCGUAAUUAAAGGAAGAGAUGCUGAUGAAUGUGCAAAUUACAUCCGUGUCCUUCACCGAUACAACAGGACCCAUCUUCUGGCUUGUGGAACAGGAGCUUUUGAUCCAGUCUGUACUUUUGUGAGAGCUGGACAUCCAUCAGAGGAUCAUCUGUUUCAACUGGAAUCACACAAAUUUGAGAGAGGACGAGGCAGGUGCCCUUUUGACCCCAGUUCUUCCUUCACCUCCAUCUUAAUUGGUAAUGAUCUUUAUGUCACAAACUUCACAGUCCUGUCAAUCUGUCAUUCUGAGCCUCUUUCUUCAGCACACCAAAAACCAAAAUUUGUUGGCUCAUACAUGAUUCCUGACAAUGAAGACCACGAUGAUAACAAAGUAUAUUUCUUCUUUACUGAAAAAGCUUUAGAAGCUGAGACAAGCACUCAUGCCAUAUACACCAGAGUGGGACGUGUAUGUGCGAAUGAUAUGGGAGGCCAGAGAAUGCUCGUCAAUAAAUGGACCACUUUCCUGAAAACCAGGCUAGUUUGCUCUGUGCCUGGGAGAAAUGGAAUUGAUACACAUUUUGAUGAAUUAGAGGAUGUGUUUUUGCUGCAAACUCGUGAUAACAAAAAUCCUGUGAUAUUUGGCCUCUUCAACACUACAAGCAAUAUAUUUAGAGGGUAUGCUGUAUGUGUUUACCACAUGGCAAGUGUCCGAGCAGCUUUCAAUGGACCAUAUGCUCAUAAAGAAGGACCUGAAUACCACUGGGCUCUCUAUGAAAGAAAAGUACCUUAUCCUAGACCUGGUUCAUGUGCCAGCAAGGUGAACGGUGGGCUGUACACCACCACCAAGGACUAUCCUGACGAAGCUGUCCAUUUUGCCAGGAGUCACCCCCUGAUGUAUCAGCCCAUCAGGCCUGUUCAUAAGAGACCAAUACUGGUUAAAACUGAUGGAAAGUACAAUCUGAAGCAGCUAGCAGUGGACAGAGUGGAAGCUGAGGAUGGGCAAUAUGAUGUUUUGUUCAUUGGCACAGAUAAUGGAAUUGUGCUAAAAGUCAUAACAAUUUACAAUCAAGAGACAGAAUCAAUGGAAGAAGUGAUUCUUGAAGAGCUGCAAGUAUUCAAGAUGCCGGUUCCUAUUAUUUCUAUGGAAAUCUCUUCAAAAAGGCAACAGCUUUAUGUGGGAUCCGAGUCAGUGAUAGCUCAAGUGAAGUUCCACCAGUGUGACAUGUACGGCACAGCCUGCGCCGAUUGCUGCCUGGCUCGGGAUCCCUACUGCGCCUGGGACGGCAUCUCCUGCUCCCGCUACUACCCCACGGCCGUGCAGGCCAAGAGACGUUUCCGCAGACAAGACGUCCGUCACGGGAAYGCGGCGCAGCAGUGCUUUGGCCAGCAGUUCAUUGGUGAAGUCCUGGAGAGGACUGAGGAGCGACUUGUUUAUGGAAUAGAGUACAACAGCACCCUGCUGGAGUGCACCCCUCGGACCUUACAAGCAAAAGUAAUUUGGUUUGUCCAGAGAGCACAUGAAACUAAGAAGGAAGAGGUGAAGACAGAUGAUAGAGUAAUAAAAAUGGACCUUGGCCUUUUAUUCCUGAAGCUGCAUCGACUGGAUGCAGGAACUUAUUUCUGUCAGACAGUGGAACACAGCAUUGUUCACACUGUCAGGAAAAUCACCCUGGAAGUAGUUGAGGAAGAACGAGUGGAUGAAAUGUUCAAUAAAGACUAUGAGGAGGAGAUACCUCACAAAAUGCCAUGCCCAAUGCAGAGCAGUAUACCUCAGGCUUCAAAGCCAUGGUAUAAAGAAUUUCUUCAACUGAUAGGUUACAGCAACUUCCAAAGGGUGGAAGAAUACUGUGAAAAAGUGUGGUGUACAGAUAAGAAGAGAAAAAAGCUGAAAAUGUCCCCAUCCAAGUGGAAAUAUGCCAACCCUCAGGAGAAGAAGACAAGGAUCAGGCCAGAGCAUUACCGGUUGCCCAGGAACAUAGCUGACUCUUGAUGGACAAAAUCCAUCCACCGUUUCUGAUUAAAAUUUUAUUUGGACUUAAGAGGGAGAAAUCAGUCAUGGUUUGAAUAAAUCUCACAGGUUUAUAUAUGUAAAAUAUUGGGACUGAAAACAAAAAUGCUAUGGUAAGUUAUAUUGUACACUCAUGAUGACUGUUUAGAAGCAUUUAAACAAAAUCUUCCCAGCUAUCUGGUUCUAAGUAAGUCAAUGCAAUCAGAGUUUUGCAUUAGGGAGGACGUGACAAUCUUCAGACUCUGAGUGCUUGAAUCAGUUUCCUGUGUGGAUUGUGCUUGCGCUGUAUAUUGUUGCACAUGAUGGCAUAUUUAACAAAUUCAAAUAGCUAGAGCAUUCACAGGUGGAUGACAAGUGUGACACAUAUCUUUUCUUUGUUUCACAAAUUUCUCAUGCUUCUGAAAGCAGCACGUCUUAAGAUCUUAUUCCUUUUGAUUGCGACCUGUCUGAGUUUAUCACUGAGAACAAAGAGUUGUGUUAAUACAGUGUACUGCUAUUUCUAAAGAUAAUGAACAGAAAUUCUAUUUACUUCCCACCAUUUUUUGGGGUAUCAGUCAUUUAUGAAGCGCAGUGUCUCCCACAGCUAAAUUGUUUUGCCUGGUAACUUGAUGUAAAUCACAUGCAUGCUGAGAACACAGACAGAAUGAAAUUCAUCAAUUUAUCUACAUAAGAAGUUGAAAUAAUGGUUUAGAUCGAAAAUGAGUCCAUCUUGUGUCGGUGCAUUGCCUCAGUGGUAACGCGAAUUAAGGGAUCGCCCUCUUGUGGCAAAAGAAAGCGAAACCCGAUAUUUAAAUUUGUUUUCUGAAGAAAUACGUGUUAGCAGAGAAGUAUUAGCGAGAUCCACAGCUGGUUUGCUUUCAGCAGACACUUUUAGUCUCCAUGUGCUAAACUCACAGAUUUAGAAGGCAGUGCUGGAAGUAAUUUAUACUGGAAAGGCAGCAUUUAAAAUAAGCUUUGCUUUAUGUUGUUAAUGUGCUUUUGCGGUAAAAUGCAGUCAUAAAAAGUUAGGAUGAAGAUUAGAAACAAAACCAGUAUCAUGCAGCUGGUUUCUAUAGUUUCAGGAUCUGCUCCACACAGAUCUUUUUCUGAUGUGUGAUCUCUUGUCUAAAGGGCUGCUUUUCUGCUCUUAUGAGUGAUACCAGGAAAAGACACCA